UAAAAAAAAGAAAACACAACUCACCAAACAUGGAUUUAAACGAUGCCGUUCUCACCUGUGCCGUAAAUCUACAAUGGACAAAUGCAACGGGGACAGUUGGCCGUAAAUUGGCCUAUCGUACGGCCACGUUAAGAUUGAUCCGUAACGAUAUACGGGAAUUGUUCAUCGAGUGUACCCCAGAAAAACUGAAACCAAUGAAAUUCAAAAUGCGCGAUAUUAUGGUGCACAAAAAGUUCAUGUCUGAGGGUAAGGCUUCGGUGAAUUUCAAGGCGGAAAAGUGUGCCAUGUAUUUAUCCAAUGCACCACCGGGUACCCUGAUGUUUUUCUUGCGAACGAUUUUCAUAAAAAUGAAUGGUGGUGAGAAUGUGGAUGAUGCCACGGCCCAGAAGCAGUUGAGAGCCCACAUGCUCUCGGGGAAGCCAACUACAUUUGAAGAGGUUUCCCCUGUGACAACAGCUGAAAUGAUUUUGGCCAGGAAGAAGGCAGGUCUAUUGGCUUCCAAAGGUACGGCCACAACACCCUCACCCUUGGCAGCUAAAAAGAGACGUUAUGACGAAAUAAAGGGUGGCAGUGAUAAAAGUGGCCUACCCGCACCCAAGAAACUUUAUCAAGAAUCAUCGCCCAUGGAUACGGAAGAGGGAUUGCGAUUGUGCCAGGAACAAAUGGAUGUGCUGAAGGCAUGCAUCUCAGGGAAAAGUAUAUUCUUCACCGGCUCUGCGGGUACGGGUAAAAGUUUUUUGUUGAGGAAAAUCAUUUCCGCUUUGCCACCAGAUGGCACCGUGGCAACAGCCUCGACUGGUGUGGCAGCUUGUUUGAUAGGUGGUGUAACCUUGCAUGCCUUUGCCGGUAUUGGAGGUGGCGAUGCCACUUUGCAGCGUUGUUAUGAAUUGGCCUCUCGCCCGGCCAGUGCCCAGGCUUGGAGAAAAUGUAAACGUUUAAUUAUCGAUGAAAUUUCCAUGGUGGAUGGCCAGUAUUUUGAUAAAAUCGAAGCAGUUGCCCGACACAUUCGACGCAAUGAUCGCCCCUUUGGUGGCAUCCAGCUAAUACUCUGCGGUGAUUUCCUGCAACUACCACCUGUGAUAAAACGUGAAGAUAACUCCUCCCAAACACCACCACAACGUUUCUGUUUCCAAUCGAGUGCUUGGGAAAAAUGUAUAGAAUUCGUUUAUGAACUGAAAGAGGUACAUCGUCAAUCGGAUCCUGAAUUUGUUAGUAUACUCAAUCACCUGCGUAUUGGCCAUAUCAAUGAGGAUAUAACCAAACGUCUCAAGGCCACUUCAAAACAAAAAGUCGAAGGCAAUGGCAUUUUGGCCACUCAGCUAUGUUCACACACCAAUGAUGCCAAUUCCAUAAAUGAAUCGAAAUUAGAAAAUCUCCCAACCGAAAAGGUUCUCUUCAGAGCCGAGGAUUCUGAUCCAACAAUGACCAAACAAUUGGAUUCCCAAGUCCAGGCACCAUCACAACUAUACUUGAAAAUUGAUGCCCAGGUAAUGUUAUUGAAAAAUAUCAACAUUUCUCAAGGUUUGGUCAACGGGGCACGUGGUGUGGUGGUACGAUUUGAAAAGGGUGUACCCGUGGUGAGAUUUAAAAAUAACACCGAAUAUUCGUGUAAACAUGAGAAAUGGAUUAUUAAGACACCAAAUGGUGGUACGGUCACCAGGCGUCAAGUGCCCCUAAAAUUGGCAUGGGCUUUCUCUAUACACAAGUCGCAGGGUCUGACAUUGGAUUGUGUUGAAAUGUCUCUGUCAAAGGUGUUUGAGGCUGGCCAAGCGUAUGUUGCCUUGUCCCGUGCCAAAUCUUUGGAUUCAGUGCGCAUUUUAGAUUUUGAUCCCAAACAGGUUUGGGCCAAUCCUCAAGUAUUACAGUAUUAUAAACUAUUCCGACGACGCCUGCAUGACACCACCAUGAUUCCGCUGGGUGCCAAAAACAAAGAGGAAAAGAAAAAGACGGGAGAGACUGCCAGUGCUUUGGCUAAAAUUAAAAAGAGCCUCAUGGCUAAACCUUUGGUCUCAAUUAGUUAG